UGUUCAGCUCUCUGAUACAGCGACCGAGAAGCCUAGUUUCCUGCAGCUGUUUUCUGUGAGAAAGGGAACGAGUGAGAGGGAGAGAGAAAGAGAGAGAGAGAGAAAGCCACCUCACCAAACACCGAAGACAGGCCAAAAGGAGGGAGAAAGAGGGAAAAAAAAGAAAAACAAAACCACGGAAAAGUGUGUGCGAGAGACAGAAGGAGGGAAGAGACUGACCACAGGAGGGAAAAAAAGAGAGGGCACUGAAAGCUAGAGGACGGAGAGAAGAGACAACAGGAGCCGAAGAAACUCAACUUUCCAAGCCAGCAACCCCCAGGAGGACACUCAUAGGGGAAGACUUUGGGUGUCCAGCAUGUCCACUCCCCCGCCUGAGAAUGGCCCAGAGGACGUCAACAACCGCAGCUUCUGGAUGCCAGGAAACUACCACAGCACGGUAAAGCGCACAGAGAAUGCCUUCCUGGCGUGUAACGACAUGGUGGCGUGCUUCCAGGAGAGGGCCCGCGUGGAGCGGCAGUACGCCCAGCAGCUCAGCGAGUGGAGCAAUAAAUGGAAGCCCCUGGUGGACGCAAGUCCAUUGUAUGGGUCGCUGUUGCAGGCGUGGCAGUGUUUCCUGUCCUCGGCUGACCGCAUCGCAGCGCUGCAUUCCUCCAUCUGCCGCUCUCUGGUGUCCGAAGACGGCGACCGCAUCCGCACCUGGCAGAAAGACACCUUCCACAAGAAGCUGUUUGGGGGCUUUAAAGAGUCCACGGACUUUGACACCGGUUUUGCACGUGCUCAGAAACCAUGGGCCAAAAAGCUGAAAAAGCUGGACAAAGUCAAGGUGGCCUUCCACAAGGCCAGCCGCAAGGAGCAGGCCGCCAUGGACCGGGAGGCCCACGCUCAGGGCAACCCCGACGUCGCCAUCGAGAAGCAGAGGAAGAUCCAGGAGGAGAGGGAACUGGCCCGGGCCGAGACUGAGAAGGUGCGUGUCAGAUAUGAAAAGGUUCUAGAGGAAGUGACACGCUAUGCUCCACGCUACAUGGAGGAGAUGGAGUCGAUCUUUGACCAAUCACAGGAGGAGGAGAGGAAGAGAAUCAGCUUCCUCAAGCAGGCCUUCCUCUCCAUCCACAGACACCUGGAUGUUACCAACAAUGAAAGUGUGAAGGCAGCGUACAAUGAGCUGCACAACACUCUGAUGGCCAUUAAUGAGGUGGAGGACUUGCGCUGGUGGAAAAACACACACGGCCCUGGAAUGCCCACUGACUGGCCACACUUCCAGGAUUGGACGCCCGACAAGAAGAGUAAAAAAGGGAAGAAAGACUCGGACCUGAAGGAGCCCAUCGAGAGAGUGGUCAUGAUUGGAGGAGUGAGGGUGAGAGCUCUCUAUGAUUAUACCGGACAAGAGACAGAUGAGCUCUCCUUUAAAGCCGGCGAGGAGUUCCUGAAGAUCGAGGAUGAGGACGACCAGGGCUGGUGCCGCGGAAUGAUGGAUGGAGGAAGAGAGGGCCUCUACCCCGCCAACUACGUAGAAGUGGUCUAGUUCAAUAGAUUCCAGAGAGAGAGAGAGAGAGAUGAAGACUUAAAAGAGUAAAAGAGACUUUUUAUAUCGUGACAUUGUGGUACUUUAUCCCUGUGUGUAAUCAACUGUGUAGGAGGUUGAUGUUUAUUGUGCGAACAAGUGCAGUGAAGGUAAUGGUGAUAUGACCUGUCAUAUUUCAGCGGUUGUAUACAUCAUGGUCAAGUCAUGUCCCAAGAAUAUGUAUACAUGCUCAGGCAUAUGCCAACACUAUACCCCACCCCAGACACACACACACACACACACACACACACACACGUAGACACAUAUAAACAUAAAAAGCCACAGGAACAUGCAUACACAGACAUGGCAUAGUGUACUGGCUCUAUUUAUUCCCAUGCCACUGUUAAUGCCAUCACACAUUAUAUAUGCACAGAGAUAAGGGGGCGGUGCAUUGCCUUACCGUUGGAUGUGGACAUCUAAACCGCCCUUACAAUCGUACGUUUACUUGCACAAUCAGGCCCUCUCUAAAAAUCCAUACAGUGUAUUCAGGUGAUUGCUGUGCCCAAACGGUGGCCAAUUUUCGUGCCAAUUUCAAAGUCAGGCGCCUCAGAGUAGGAUUUAUGAUCGCAACGUCUUGGCUCAGGCAGUAACCAUUGAAGGAGAGGAGAUGAGUUGUGGCGUUUCAGGGGAUGAAGUUUAAAACCGAUCUUUAAGAACCUACUUUCUUUCUUAAUGCGGGGGGGGAAUGGAAAUGCAAAAAAAUCUCUGCUGUGUUGCUAAAGCUGGGGAAGAAUUUGCCAUCAAGCUGUACCGCUCCCUCUGGGCACCAGGUGUCACUAACGUCCAGUUGCUGUUGAAGUCUGCUUCUGUUUGAGGGUAAAUGAAACACACACACAAAUUAGCUAGUUGUUUGAGUUCAUCCCUCCGUUUCUUAAGUUGCUUUUUGAGUCUGCAUUAUAGAUUAUUUUGUACAUUCAGUUUUACACAAUUUUUUUUGACACUAUGGCUCUUACUCAGAAUAGUAAGGGGCAGAACUAGGGCCGGGGCAGGGGCUGUCAUUUUAAUAUUUCAGAUGGAUGUAUAAUAUAUUCUCACGAGAAAUUCUGUAUGAGUAUAGUAUGUAAUGCAUGAUUCUAUGCCAGCCUGGCGCACCUUCAGAGUUAUUCUGUUUAUGAAUUUCACAAGGAGAAAAAAAAGCCUUAUUUAUACCAAAGAGUUUUUUCGAUAGCUUACGAGAGCCUCGCUUAGUUGACGCCGUCAUGAUCGCGUGAGCUGGAUUGAUGCUCUCAUCACAGCGCAUUAUCAGCAUCAGACAUCACACAGAAGUAUAGCACGCUGUCAGAGUUUCCCUGUAGUGGCAAUCCCUCUUGAGUUGACUUCUGUCUCUCUCUCUCUCUCUCUCUCUGUUAUAUGUCACACGCUUGAAAUGCUCUCACCGUGCAGGCGUGAUCCCGCGUUUACGCUGAACAGUAUUGAUGGUGUUGGUGGCGUUGUACGCCGGGGCGAGGACGACCGGUGCUGUUCGUCAUGUCACGCCGCGCCGCGCCUGCCACCUGGAAAUGAAAUUGAUCUGUGGCUCAGGUUAUGGCUGUGGUGGGAGGUGAGAGCUCUCGCCCGUAGGAGCGUUGGGUGGAUCAGGCAUGCUGGGGGGAGG